AUCCUCGCUUGAAGGAUUACGUGCUGUCUCCGUCGGGUGUCGCUCGGAUAUCUGAAGUUCGAGCUGAUCCGUGGGAUUCUGCCUCUUCUCCCGAAGCUGUUCCAGUGAAAGUCGUGCUCCCUGAUUUGAGGACAACCUCGGAUCCGGUGAGUGUUUCUAUAUCUCGAAGUCUUUUGUUUGUCUUUCUUUCUGGUUGGCCGUCGGCUAACGUCUUGGUCCUGGACCAUCUUUUUAGGGUCCUGGGACUGACGCUGUGCCGCGUGCCGUUCCUUCGGUUUCAUCUCCGGCUCGGAUAGAUAUCUCUUUAUCUAGGAACCGGGUAUUUCGCGAUUUUUCUUUAUUCCUUCCUUUGUCUUCUUUUACAUUUAUUGACCCUUGGUUUCCUCUGUUUAGGAUCAGCGCAAAAGGAAGGGCAGCACUCUUUUGAGGCCUUCUGCGCAUCCGAAGAAGGCGAAAGCUUCUCAGUCUUCGGAGAAGGUAUUUGUUCUGACUUAGAGCUUUUUGUGGUCCGUUCUCUCUUUUUCUGAAACUGACCUUUGAGCGUUUGCCCUGUAGGAAGCGGUUUCGGAAGUCAUGCCUCCUCCCAAAAAUCUCCUUCACUUCAUGCCCUUGCCAGGGCAGAAGUUGAAGAGUGUGGUGGUUGCGGAACUGCCUCCCGUGGACCAACCGUUGGCUGAGGAAGAUACCAUCCCCUCUCCGCUGAAGCCGUCUGCUGCUUUAGGGAUCGAGAUCCAGGAUAUAACCAAGGUGAUGGAGGCAAUUGAAGCCGACCUUGUUCCUGGUUCGGAUGUCCCUAUUGUGGCCGAGCAGAAGGAAGAAUCUGCUGACGUUUCUCUCGAAAGGGAGAAAAGUCCAGAUAAGGAGAUGGUGGAUCUCACCGAAGCUCACAUAGAGGUUCCCGAAGCUGAGAAGGAGGUCCCUUCUGCUGAGGAGGAGCAACCCGAGCAGGGUCUGACGAGGAAGAGGCGCCACUCGACCUUGGGCUCUACUUCGACCUCGGCCCUGGAUAGACUGAUCCACGCUGACCCUUGCUCGGAUGUUCCGCUGAAACGGAUCCCCGAGGAGGUAAGGGAGGCGAUGGCUCGCUAUGCUAGAGCUCCGGUUUUGGGGGAGAACCCCAUGGCUCACGUGGGAUCUUUGGUGGGUCCCGAAGCUGCACGGGAGAAUCUUCUUCGGGCCAACCCGCAGUGGAGGGUUCCUGGAGCUGAGGAGAGGAACCCAGCUAUGAUGGCCCAAUAUUAUCUGAAUGAGGCUGUUUUCUGGUCCUCGUUCGCUUCCGAGUGUAGCUCGGUUGAGGAGAGGCAACUGAGGAGGUAUCAGGAGGCUUAUGCUCGUGAUAUCCCUGUCUUGGACCAGAAGGCUGGGCAGCUCAUGGCCGAGAUGGUGGAGAUCAAGCAACUGUACCUUCAGUACAGUCGUGAGGCUAGGGAAGCGGCGGAACAGAUCGGGGCCGAAGUUGGGAAGCUCACUUUCCAGGUUGAAGAGGAUGCUGAAAAGAUAGCUUCCUUCGACAGGGAGAGGAGAGAAAUGGCUGCCAAGUUUGCGAGCGAACUUGAAGAAAAAGACAGUCUUCUCAAGGAGAUGACGUCUAAAUUUGAGGCGGCCAUUAAGCAGAGCCAGGAAGCGGAGGCGAGGCUUCAGCAGUUUAUCAAGCACCGGGAGAUUGUUCAGAAUCAAGCUGACAAGGUGCCCGUUCUCCAGCUGAAGAUCCGAGAGAAGGAUGCUGCCAUUCGGAAGUUGGAGCAAGAGAGAGUUGACCUCUACACUGCUGAUCAGUGUAGGGAGCAAUACUGGAAUGGCAUCCUGGGUGCUCGGCGGAUGUUCGCGAAGCAUAUGCCUCAUUUCCCUUGGAAUGAGAAGGUUCCGCUCUGGAUGAGGGCCCAGGAUCACUUGGUGGAGUGCCAGGCCGAUCGAGACGAAGCUGAAGCUGAACGCCAAGCUGCUCUUGCAGAGGCUCGGGCCCAGAAGGCGGCUUCCGAAGGUGAUACUACUGCUGGGGGUUCUUCGAAGGAUGCUCCUCUGGGGGAUGCUCCUGAGACUCCCAAGAGUUAGGGAUUCGGGCAGUCGUCUUCUUCAGAGUCGGUCGGUUCCAGUUGAGGACUUCCGAACAUGUGCUUGCCUUUUCCCC